AUGGGUAACGCCCAAGUCGGACCGACCAGGAACCUCGCCGAUGCCGCGCGCUCCGUGCGGACGUUCAAGAUCGACGGCUUCAGCUCGACUUCCACGGCCCCGGCCACGGUAGCCAGCGGUCACGACGAGUGCAUCGUGGUAUGCUCCAGGUGGAGCGUCGGCUGGCACGAGUGGGAGAUCCGCUGCUACCCUGCGUCCUCGGUGUGCAGCAUGUGGAUGUCGCUCAAGCUCGUGCUCCUCGCCCAUCCCGCCGCCACCGGAGACGUCGUCACUGCGCGCCUAGACUGCUGGCUCGUCGAUCCCGCGGGUUUGGCCGAGCAGUCGGAGCCCAGGACGGUGUCCGCAGCCUUCGCGCGCCACUGCGGCGGCGAGUCGGCGCCGCUCGUGCUGGCGCACAGGCGCGACCUCGAGAUCUCCGGCUACCUCCGGGGCGACGGCACCCUCACCGUGAAAUGCGCCAUCACGGUGCUCCGGGAACAGCGCCCAGGCGUGGACGUGCCCGCGUCGCUUCCUGUGCCGGCACCUAGGGGAGCUCCUGCGGAGCGGGACGGGAUCCGACAUCACGUUCGUUGUCUCCGGCGAAACGUUUGCCGCGCAGCGCACAAGGUCGUCCUGGCCGCGAGGUCACCGCUCUUCAUGGCCGAGUUCUUCGGGGACGCGAGCGACAAGAAGUGCGCGCGGCGCCUGGAGGUCCACGGCAUGGAGGCGGCGGAGUUCAAGGCCAUGCUGCACUUCAUCUACACCGACACGACAACGGAGCUCGACCGACACGACGGUGAGGAGUCGGUGGCGUUGACCUGUGGCCUCCUCGCGGCCGCGGACAGGACGGCGGCCACGAUUCUGAAUCUGGCGGAGCUGAACAACUGCCCACGGCUCAAGGCGAGGUGCGUUCGCAAACCUCUUUUUACCGCACUUUUUGUCAGUAUGAUGCAUGUAUGA